CCCGCCGCGGGGGCCGGGGGCGGCGGGGGGGCUGCGCUUGGCAGCGGUGAUGGAGAGCCUGCAGCGGCAGCAGGCGGCCCGCCUGGCCCGCGGCCCCGACGGCGCUCCCCGACGGCCCCCGGGGGAGCCCGGCCCCGGCCCCGGGCCGCCCGCCGCUCCCCGCCGCCGCCCGCGCCCGCCGCCCGCCGCUGCGGGGGAGGAGGAGGACGACGACGAGGAGGAGGAGGAAGAGGAGGAAGAAGGGGAGCCCCGGGACCCGCCGCCGCCCCCGCACCACGAAUGGACCUACGAGGAGCAGUUCAAGCAGCUCUAUGAACUGGAUGAGGACCCAAAACGCAAGGAGUUCCUGGAUGAUCUCUUUGGCUUCAUGCAGAAGAGAGGGACGCCAGUGAACCGCAUCCCCAUCAUGGCCAAGCAAGUGCUGGACCUGUACACACUGUACCAGCUGGUGACAGACAAGGGUGGCCUGGUCGAAGUCAUCAACAAGAAGAUCUGGCGGGAGAUCACCAAGGGCCUCAACCUACCUACCUCCAUCACCAGCGCUGCCUUCACCCUCCGCACACAAUACAUGAAGUACCUGUAUCCCUACGAAUGUGAGAAGCGAGCGCUCAGCUCUCCUGGAGAGCUGCAAGCUGCCAUCAACAGCAACCGUCGGGAGGGACGGAGGCAGACUUUCGGCACAGCACUCUUCAACUACUCGCCAGCCAGCACCCCAACCCUGCUGGGCACUCCCAAAAUGCCUCUGCCAGCUCUUAGCAUCUCCACACACAGCUGUGGCCAGCUCAGCCAAGUGCACAGUGUUAAGAAAGAGGAUGGAAUGCUGGCAGCAUCAGUGCCGGGGCGCAUCGCUAUCCCAGUGGGACUGGCCGGCCACCAUCUCUCAGCAGCCCAAGCAGCAGCUGCCUCACAGGCAGUGGUGCUGGAGCAGCUGCGGGAGAAGCUGGAGACAGGGGAGCCCCCGGAGAAGAAGGUGGCCCUGACAGUGGAGGAGCAGCAGCGGCUGGUGCAACACGCGCUUCAGCACAACCUCCUGGCCAUGGCCUCCCAGUUCCCCAUGAAUGUCAAGAUCUCCAAUCGAGAUGACAGACAGGAGACCGCAUUGAACCUGUCCACCAACAGCAUUAGCAGUAUCAACAUGUCAAUAGAAAUAAAUGGAGUUGUCUACACAGGUGUCCUGUUCGCCCGCCGGCCCUCAGCCACCCUGGCACCCGGUGGAGGGAGUGCCCAGAUGCGUCCAAACCCUAUGUCUGCCCCAAACCCCCUGCUCCCAGCCUCCUCUCAAAGCCACACUUCCACUAGCACCUCGCCGUAAGGCAGCUGUACCCCCUCCCUGAAAGCAGCUGGGGGUGACCAGAGUCUGGGGGGCUGAGCUGUGGGACCCAGCUGGGCCACCAGGGUGGGAUGGGGACCCAAAGGUGCCUCUUGCUGCAAUACUGAGCUGUGUCCAUGCAAGGAUGUGAUCACCCAUGCUGGCCCUUCUGUUCCUUCAUCUGCACACACACACACACACACACGCACACACGCACACACACACACACACACAUACACACACACGUUCCUUCCCAAAGCACCACCCCCAGGUGACCCCCCCCCAUACAUCUCCUGCUGCCCUGAUGCCUGGGGGCCCCUAGGACCUGCAUGCUGCAUCCCCUACAUCCUGCAGCCCCUAACCCACCUCAAUGCACGCACUACUGCCCCUGUACGCACCUCAAUGCAUACACUGCAUCCCCCUGCACACACCCUUGGUGCCCACAUUGCCUCUCCAUACACACCCUGCAUGCAAACACCGCAGGCACCAUACUCUGCAGCCCCUAUUAAUCGUAGCCCCUGUAUACUGCAGCCCCUAUAUAUAUACUGCACCCCCUACCCACUGCAGAUGCCCCUACCCAGCCCUCCUGCGCUGCCUGGGCUUGCUGCUCCUGCCCUGAGACACCCCCAGGGUGGUGGCAUCUCAGCCCCCCAGGUCCUCAGCUCAGGGGGAUCAUCCGGGGGGGGGCAAAUAAUGGGGAUAUUGGUGGGAAUGGUGGGGGUGGAGCUUAUUGGGGUGGGGCUGGGGUUGGGGGUUAAUUUCGGGGUGGGGCUUGGUGGGGGUAGAGCGGGGUUGCCCAGCAGAGCCCCCCCACUACCAAAGACUGCCUGGGUGCCAGGGUCCCCACAUGGGUGACAGGGAGACAGAGGGCACUCUGAACUACCUCGUUGGGGCUGGGCGGGCGCCUCCUCCCCCGCGUGUGCCCCAGGGUGCCAAAGCAGGUGAGCGUGGAGCAAUGCUCGCCUCUACCUCAGCGUGGGGGGCUCGGCGGCGCCGGCCUGUUCCCGCACUCCCUCCGCAGCCGCGCGACUCUGUGUAUCUAUUAAAGGAAACUAACU